AUGAACCUAAUCCUCAUUAGCCUGAAGAGCAUUCGCAAAAAUGAGGCGGGGGAAUUUUUCUUCCAAACGGACGAACGGCAAACGAGCCAUUUAAGAAAUAUCCUAAAGGUUCAGCUCAACCAGGUUGUGAAGGUGGGUGUGAUAAAUCGAGGAAAAGGGGAAGGAGUCAUUACCGAGGAUAACAAUAAGCAUUACACAAUUAAAUUAUUAACACCUAUACAUUUGCAAAAGUCUCAAGACAAGUACAUACCAAUUGAUGUGGUCAUUUGCAUCCCAAGACCGAAAGUGUUAAGUAAAUUUCUCCAGCAGUUAUCCUCUGUAGGAGUCCAAAAAAUUAUUAUCGUUUUUUCUGAGUUUGCAAAUAAAUCGUAUGAGUCCAGUAAAAUUUUAAAAAAUGAAGAAAUUAAAAAUGCUCUUCAACUUGGAUUGGAACAAGCCAUGUGUACACAGUUCCCACACAUUUUUAUUCAUUACUCUUUUAGUUCCUUUGUUAUGAAUAUUGACAGGUACAGUGAUGAGAACACCAUCAAGCUCUGUGCACAUACGGAGGUUAGAGGAAGCGACAGCUGUGUAGAACGGGAAAUUUUGUGUACAGAGCGAGGGAAGAUACUUCUUAUGGUUGGUUGUGAGAGAGGAUUUUCAGACCUGGAAAUUUAUUUAAUUAGAAAAUUGCAGUUUCGCUUUUUCAAUUUGACCGAGCGGAUAUUGAAGUGCGAAACGGCUUUGCUGGUCAUCAUCGGCCAGUUGUUAUUACUCACGGAGAAUACGGCGCUGCGGCCCAGUGGGCGAAAAAUGUGCCGCGAGGAGGUCCAAGUCGGCCAUGUUAACGAUGUGAGCGGUUUGGGGUGCUCAAAUCGUGAGGGCCUGCAUGAGGGCCGCCAUCAGGACUGUGCCAGUUCAGAGCAGGACCCCGGCAGCCCCCCAACGGAAAAUGACCCUUUCGCCGAAAUUAAAAAGUUGCUUGCGACGAAGUCGUCUUUUCCCGACCAAGUAGUAAACUCCGUGAACGAUUUUAUUAACAGCAAUAAUAACCAUACUGACGCGCUCCAAAAUGGCCCCAUAAUAGGAGACAAGAGCGACGUUGACGCCCUCCUUCGAAGCAUACACACGCAAAGUACCAACAAUGACAAAAAUGAAAAUUUUGAAAAUAUCUACUUAAGUUUGCUACUGAAAAAAAUCAAGUACAAAAACAGAUUUACUCUGUCCUACACCGAUCAGCAGAAUAAUGUGGACGACGACGGAGUAUUCAUAUACAGAACGCGUCCAUAUGUGUCGAAAAAAAAAAAAGACCCAUCCUGA